UCAUAUCCAAAGGACCGAUGUCCGGUUGAAGAAAGAGCUAGCAAGGAAGGGAACAGUUUAAGCUUAUUUACGAAGUUAAAUGGCAGAAAUGUCGCUGCUGUCAAAUACUAAGACAGUUUAGCCUAACAUACACAGUUGCUGCUGAAGUGGAUAAUUUGUAGAAAUUCCUUUUCUAAUGAAGAAACAAGCGCCACUUAUCAAGGAAGUCUGACGGGAAAGUCGAUAGCUCGGCUGCUAAUUGUCGUUAGCAGGGGAGUCCUUUGUUUUGUUUUCAGGUGGAGAUCUGUGUAAACAUGAAGCGAAACUAGUGCGGAGCGUUGUCUGCAUUUAAUCUUUAUGAUCGUGCAUAUGGCACCUUUAGCAGUAGCAGUACAGUAGUUGAACUGUAAAUUAAUGGUUUCUGUGAGCUUGAAAGGAAUAAACUAUUAGCCCCCGAGAGCAACUUUAGCAGCACAAAGAUCCGAUUUUUACAACGUCAGCCGGGACACGACUGGAGACACGAAGACAUGGGUAACUGUCUCAAGUCCCCGACAUCGGACGACAUCUCUCUGCUUCACGAGUCCCAGUCUGACAGGGCGAGUUUCGGCGAGGGAACAGAUCCAGACCUGGAGCCCCCUCCGCCGUACCAGGAGCAGGCUCACAUGCCCAUGUACCAUCCCACGCCCAGUCAGUCCCGUCUGGCCACCCAGCUGACAGAGGAGGAGCAGAUCCGCAUAGCUCAGCGCAUUGGCCUCAUCCAGCACCUCCCAAAGGGUGUUUAUGAUGGAGGGCAAGAUGGCUCAGAGAAAAAGAUCAGAGAGUGUGUGAUCUGUAUGCUGGACUUUGUAUAUGGUGACCCCAUCCGGUUCCUGCCGUGUAUGCACAUCUAUCACAUGGACUGUAUAGACGACUGGCUGAUGAGGUCUUUCACUUGCCCUUCUUGCAUGGAGCCUGUGGAUGCUGCCCUGCUCUCCACCUAUGAAACCAACUAAUUUUCCCACCUCGCUGUACCCCCACUUUUAGAAUACAAUACAGUAUUCCACACAAAAACCACACAAAUCCAAUAGCCUUCCUCUUAUAGAGAGAGGAGCUGAAAUAUAUCUGUUGGCUGUUGUCUUGCACUUUCUAAUUCUAAAGAAUCCCAUGUAAUUCCCUGAACUAAUGUCAUGCUUUCAUACCCGUAAGACUCAACAAGAUGGUCUUAAACAUCGGUUACAUGAAUCAGUCAGAAAGUGUUUCCAGAUUACCCUGCAUGGUUGUGUGUGACAUGCUGAAGCGGUGUCCAGUGUUGCUGCUGACAGUGAAUACUUGUGCUGUGCCUGUGUGUGUGUGUGUGUGUGUGUGUGUGUGUGUGUGUGUGUGUGUGUGUGUGUGUGUGUGUGUGUGUGUGUGUGUGUGUGUGUGUGUGUGUGUGUGUGUGUGUGUGAACUCUUUCCACUUGAGCUGGUCUCAGUGGGUUUUCUCCUUAACUGACCCUAGUUCACAUUCAUUCCCAGUAAGUACUGGAUUUAAUUAACUAAUUGUUGACCAAAAUGCUUAAAGGUGUGGCAGGGAAACUUGAAGAACAUGACAACGUAUUGACUGCUUUAACAUAAAUAAAUAGCCCCUGCACUUUGGAGAUACGCCGAUACCCAGCCUGUGUUUACACUGUUAAAUUCCCCAUUAGUCUGAAUUACAAAAACAUGUAUGCACAGAGAACUGACCGGAUGAUAUUUGUCUUUGGCUACUAACAGCCAGACUUUCAGUUGACGGGACUGAUUUGUAAUGUGAAUGCCUCAGAUGACGUGUGAAGGUGGUGGCCAAUGUAAAGGGCUCAUUUGUACAUGGGUGGGAGGAUCGGUCAGAAACUACAAUUGCAAACACUUCACCAGAUCCAGAUAUUUGCACUUUACCUGUAGGACAUUAUCUAAAACAAUAUAUUAAUAUAUGUACCUUAUAACCUUGCACUAUCAAUGUGUCAUUCCUUUGUUCCCUGAGAUGCAAAACUUAUAUACCUGAUAAAGAUAUUUUCAAAGGUGUCUGUAGUCACGUAUCAUGUUGAAGUAAGUCUGAAGAUGUAUUUCAUGAAAUCUGUGAUUCGGUGGUGUGAGCCUUUGCUUCGUUUUUGAUUUGUAUUUCUUGUGUGUUUUGUGUGGCAAUGAGUAGACAGAAGCUUGCUCCAGUUUGAAGCAAUAGUUCAACAUUUUGUGUUAAGACUUGAAUAUCACUCACGUGUCUAUGAACUAUGACGAUGGAGCAGAGAGACAGCAUAGCUUAACAUUACGUUUUUAAACACACCCAAAGCGCUACUUAGUUUUUUGUUGAAAUACACUGUGCAUAAAAGGAUUGCAGUCUUUUGAUCAUAUAUGCUGUUUGACAUAUUGUUGCAGCAUGUGACAGGUAGCGGGGCUGGUGUUUUACCUGAUUCAAGUCUAUGCUGGGGUAGUUGCUGCCUUUCUAUGUCUCUGUAUUUGCUGUAGAUGACAAGAGAAGCAUAUUUUCCAACAUAUCAAGACGGUUUCUUUAAAAAUGGCAAGUUUGGAGUUUAAUUGAAUGGGUUUUCAUUUUAAUUCCACAUUAUCACAUAAUUUUCUUUCUCAUACAUCACUAGUUGUUUUAUUACACUAAUAAUGUUUUGAUUUUCAUUAGAUUUUUGUGUUUUGUUCUUUUUCCUAUUACAUUUUGUUUUGCUUUUUGCUUUUGUUAAGUUUAUGCCAAAUCCACUGUAUUGAUAUCCACAUUUCCCAUUGAGCUUUGCUUUGCUGUGUUUUCCAUUUUAUCUUUAUUCUAAAAAUUAAUAUUUGCUAUAAUGUUUAAUUUUUGUUGCUUCCUGGAAGGUUAAAAGCUGUGGUGUAAAAACAGCUUAUCAACUUUACACAAAUGUGUUUGUUAUUCUGUCAAAUGGACUGAAAGCAUACGGAGGCAGAUUUGUGACCCUGUGAUCAACAUGUGAGAUUUCAGAAUACACUAUUCCAACAUAUGCCUUAGAGCUUUUCAUUCAUGCGGUCCCUAAAUCUAAUUAUGGUUCUGUACUUGUAGCAAGCAUUCUCAAGCCAUCUUAAUAAUGUUUGCUGCUUUGUUUCCAUGGCAGGAGGAGGAAACACAUGUAAAAAUGCCUGGUAAGGAUUUUAAGAUUAUUGUUAUUACAUCAACAGAAAGAAAAUCCUUUUAAUCAUGGGUUGAAUUGUGUCGAACUGGAUCCCUGUUUGUGUACAUGAAUGUUAGGUAUAAUAAAAUGUAGUUUACGUGGGGUCAUGA